CGUUCGCUGAUAGGACAGCCGACAUUUUGUUCCAAAGUGAUGACGCACGCGGAAUCGAGCAUUAGCUUGGGCCUUUGUACGCGAUUGGUUGGACUAGACAAGAAGACGAAAAACUCGCUGCAUUGGUGGAAUCGCAUAAUUUUUUGUGAAGUGUAUGAUUUUUUCAAAAAAAAAUAUUUAUCUUUUAAAUCUAUUUACAUGGCAAGAAAUAGAGUAGGAGUUUUCCAAGCCAGGUAUAUGGAACAGAAUUCACGAAUUUCGGAUUCACGUAGUGUUAGUGGACGUUAGUUGAAGAAUGCAAGAGACACUGGUGUGGUCUCAAAAAUGGCUGUAUAAAGAGCAAACACAUGGGUACAAUGAACAAACCCACGGUAGAAGUGUUCAAGAAACUUCAAUUUCUUGAUGAGACUAUUUUGGACACUGAAGAAAUACUGGAUCAUACAAUGGAAGUGAUUGAUGAUGAAGGGAAGUCACAAUCCCUGGUGGGCAUCGAGCAGCAAGUUAUUACAGAUAACCAGGAAUACUAUGAGAUCACUGUCGUCGACGGCCCACAGGAAACACAUGUAAAACCGUUUAUUAAAAUAAUGCCAAAAAUAGAAACGAAAGUGGACCCGCCAAAGAAAAUAAAAAGAAAUGUCGGAAGGAAAAAGUCGAUGCCGAUGCCCAAGAAUAUACCUCCGAUUAAAAUUCUGCCAAAACCCAUACUCCUGAAUCAGCCAAAAGUACUCAGAUACGUAGAAGACUCAAAGACACCCGAACAGAGAUCACAGGUCAUAGACAAACUAAUAGAGAAAAUUCUAAAAGAGAACACAAACGAAAUUGACGUAUUCUUUAGAAGUAUGGCAGCCAGUGUGAAAAAAUUACAACCAAAUCUCAUACCUAAAGUUAAAAUGGAAGUGUGCAAUGUUAUAGCCAAAUAUGAAAUGCAGAGUUUUGACAAGAACGCACAGAAUUUCUAAUCUGUGACUUUAUAAGUUAUGUGAAAUGGACCUGAUGGGUAAACAGUACAGAGUAACGUAUGUUACGGUAUCUUGAGUGAUUGCAAGGUAUUUGUUAAGAUGUAUAUAAAUCUAGUUAGAAUUAAAUUAAUGUUCCCUAAAUAA